AUGCCGCUUGCUGCUGUGUUUCAUCUGGCCUACCUGAACCCGCCGGCCUGCCUGCCUGGCGUUGUUUGCGGUGUGGAUGCUGUGGACGGAAUAUCUGCGUCUCUAUGUCGAGCUUUCCCGCUUGCCGUUUGUGGUCUGCUGUGCACUCGAUCGGGCUCUGUGGUGAACAUCAAGUUAUCAUCGAGUGUUCCCGUUUGUCGCUUGUGGUCCUGGAGUUUGCACUUUUUGGACGAUGUUGUGUUCAAACUUCGAGGUACUUACUGUGAGCGAAAGAAGCUCCUCUGUGAUUCAAACCCGUGCUGGAAUGACGGUCGCUGUGAGGAGACUGCAAAUGGAUAUGUUUGCACAUGCCCAGGGGGUUUCACAGGCCUCAACUGUGAGACCACCACUGAGAUUGACAGCUUCUGCAAGUCUAACGGAUGUCAACUGGACGAAGCCUGCACCACAGACAAACUUAAUUCCACAUGCAUAUGCGUAGAUCCGGCAUGCUCGGAGCAGGCGGAGGUGUGUGGCACUUUGCCCUGUCUCAACGGUGGCAUCUGUGUAGUUCAGAAUGGCCAGUAUCAUUGCAGAUGCCGGCAAGGUUUUUCUGGAGAGAACUGUGAAGAAAUAAUUGACUUCUGCAAGCUGCUCAGUAUUAACUGCCUGAAUGAGGGAUUGUGUCUCAACCUAGUUGGAGGAUAUAAUUGUCUCUGUGCACCAGGAUGGACGGGGGAGUUUUGUCAGUACUUGGAUAAUGCAUGCUUAGCCUAUCCAAACAGAUGCUUGAACGGAGCUACUUGCAUCAGUAUGAGUCAGCCAACUGCACCCCCGCACUAUAUGUGCACCUGUCUCCCUGGAUACACAGGACGCUACUGUGAGGUUGAAGUAAAUGAGUGCGAUUCCAGUCCCUGUCAGCACCAGGGAACAUGCACAGACUUUGUUGGAUACUACAACUGCGCCUGUCCUUCAGGAUACGCUGGGGCUGACUGUGAGAUUGACAUAAACGCCUGCACAUUUCCCAAUGUCACCUGUCCUCCUGGGACGUUCUGUGAGGAUUUGCCAGGUGACCAGCUCCAUGUAUGUCACACUCAGUGCCCUCGCUAUCUCCAGCCAUGUGCCAAUGGAGGACAUUGUGUUCUUAACAACAUCACCAGUUACGGUUGUGUUUGUGCACCUGGAUGGGCUGGGCCGACCUGCUUGGUCAACAUAAAUGAGUGUGUCCAGCACAGGUGUCAGAACGGAGCCACCUGCGUGGAUAAGGUUGGUGGGUACAGUUGCCUUUGUGGUCACGGAUACACUGGAGUCUACUGCGAACUUGACAUUGACUUCUGCUCUGGGCAUCAGUGUUCAGAACACGGCGUCUGUCUGGACCAACAGAACAACUACACCUGUCACUGCAUGCUGGGAUAUGAGGGAACGUUCUGUGAGCUUGAGACGGAUGAAUGCAAAAGUGCACCCUGCGCCAACAGUGGCACUUGCAUUGAUCUGGUGGCAGGAUACCAAUGCCUGUGUGCUCCAGGAUUUAAGGGUCGAACGUGCUCCGAGAAUAUGAAUGAGUGCCAGUCCAGACCCUGUCUUAAUGGGGGCACCUGCAUUGAUCUGGUCAAUUACUACAUUUGUAUCUGUCCACUCGGUAAGUAAAGUCCAGCACACUGUUGCGAAACAACAAAUACAUCCUGAGCUGAGAGGAGUCAGCUGUGCUACAGCAUGGAUGAUUUAAAAAAAACUUGAUAUAUGCACAUUAUGUAUAUAUAUAUAAAAAUAUAUAUAUAUGUUCUUAGGAAGGAGCCACAAAUCCAUUUAGGUAAUUAUUCCCCAGGAACCAUCUAGACUUUAGUAAAGAUCUUAUCUCCAGAGCUCACAUGCAUCUGUAGAUGUGAAGCUUUAUUGGUUCCCAAAAAAACAUGUCCUGUAUGACUCAUGCUCCCUGUUUUCAAGAUAAUCUGCCAGCCCAAGGGGAAGAGAAUCCAUCAGUGUAAAUUUUCUAGUGUUUAUUAAAACGGCCUCUCUUUAAUUCUCUCAAACAUGAUGGUGACAGAAAACAGACCUCCAUCUUGUCAGGACAGGUCUCAUUAGAGGGCACGAUUCUUACGGGAGAUGGUGUGGUGUUGGAGGAUGUGAUCAGGUUAGAACCUUAAAAAUUCAUUUAGGUUUUGGAAUUCAACAGUCAAGAUUGAAUCUUAAAAUAACAAGUGAUGGGAAGCCAUUUUCGAAAGCCUGUUCUCAGGAAACAAUGCCUGAAAAUCUCAGCAUUUCAUUUUAAAUAAACUUUCCAGAAAUCAUAUUUUUCCCAUCUCAGGAGUACCAAGUACCAAGGCUGUAACUGCCAUAGACACUUACAGACAGUAGUGGUCCAAAGUUAUGUCCAGACUAAGA